AUGGCUGACUCAAUGGCUGACUUGAAUUUCGUGUGGACGAGUGCGGUGCCGUGUUCGAAAAGCGAUCCGCUGAACAAAACCACCAAUUCCUGCUCCAGCGUCACGUGGUGUUCGAGCAAAAUCGAAAGCCGCCUCGACUACACGCUCAAUUUGGGCAAAUUUUCCCCACCUUACUGCCUGAUGUAUAAAUGGACGACCAAGCAACUCGUGCCAACGAACUGCUCCUUCGGAUCGUUCUUCAUGUGCGAGCUGUCUUGCUCCAAGCCAAGCUGCCCAUCAGAAAAAAUGUGCAUCAAGGAUGAAUCUCUUUUUGAGGUCGUUGAUGGAAAAACGUACAUGAAAUCAGGAAGAGAAAUUCGCGGAAAGUGGGAGAAAUCAGUGUUAAACAAUACACAUCACUACUACUUUCUCGGAGAAAAAUUGGUGACUUGGAGUGAAAACUGGAAGACCUGCUGCAGUCUGGGCCUCAAGCCUUUACCCUUGGACGAACAAGUUUCCCACUUUGACCGAUCCAACUCCCCGAUGCAGGGUGUGGUUUACUGGACAGCGAUGACCAGGGCUGAUUGUCAGUAUCAAUUCGAAAACUGCUUCCAAGAAAGCACGGUUUAUCCUUCGCGUGUCUAUGGUUUGAAAGAGGGAGGGUCUUGCGUGGCCGUUUCGGUCCGCGACAGCAUCGCAAAAACCGUGACGGGCAUUGGAUUGGCAUCGAAAACAAUGUUGUGCAAUUCAAAGCUGUUGAUGGCCUGCGAAGGUCCGGUGCAAACUUUUGACGUCAGGGAAAAGAUUACCAGCUGCGAUUUGCCCAAGUGUACCGGAAUUCCUGAUUGCGUCAUGGAUGAUUCGAAAUUCCUUACAAGACCUGCCAGAGUUUUGCUCGACACUCAAACUUACGGUGUAUGGGAUAUUGCCUGCGACAUGAGUUUUCUCCCAUUUAGAAAUGAACUGGGAACUUGGGACGAGGCUUACAAGCGGUGCUGCUCCCUCGGGAUGGACCUCAUGUCGAUUCAAAAUCCGAGCAAACAAAACUGCAUGUUUAAAUCUCCAUCUAUUAAGGACGAGGAUAAUCUCGAAAAAAUCCUGUUCAAAGGCCACAUCUGGACGUCGGGGAGGGACGUUGAGGCUUGUCGCGGAAAAUUGCGUUGGUGCAAUGGCUACCUGAACGACUACUUGAAAAAGGAUAUCGUUUGGAAGAAAGGCGUGGAUCCGAAAUCAGCAAACAACUCUUGCGUUUACAUCGACUUUGACGUUUCCGAUGUGCCCAGCCUUGGUUUGGCAGACUGCUCUGAGAAAAAACAGAUCGUGUGCGAGGCUCCCUUAGGAGUGGGCUACAGGUCGCAAAUGCACUUAUUUUUCUGUAGAAAUUCUUUUAGAGUUCGAACAAGUGAAGCAAAUAAAAUUUGGAAUACUGGAGACAUGAGUCAAGCUGGAUAUGGCUUUAAAAAAAUGGUGCAAUGUCUGGCGGAGUAUCUGGGACUGGUGUACGACUCGACAAAAAUCAACGAGCACGUCUAUCUGAGCAUGAUGUCUCGAAUGUUCUUCCCUUUCAAUGCAUCUGAGAUGAACAAUCAGAUUCAGGAUAAAAUUGAUUGGCUCAUGUCGCAACCUACGCUCAAAUCCGCAAAAAGUAAAACGAAGUUCGCAACAAAAGUGACUGAUGACAUCAUGGACGAAUUCUUUUCUGGCCACUUCCAACUGGCCGCUGAAAUGAUCCGCAAACUCUACGAUUGCAGGGACACCGCGAAAACCAACGUAGAGACGUUCGCUUUCGACUUUCUCCAAUGCCUCGUUGAGUCGAAAGGGUUGAAUCGUUUUUGGAGUGAUUACAAUUUCGAGUUGGAAGGCUUCAGCGUGAUUCCAAUGGUUGAUGACUUCUACUCGCCAUGCUCGACGUUUCAAACCAUUUUACAAAACACAUCAUUUUGCAUCCGUAUGUAUUCUGAAUUAUUACUGCCAAACCUGUUAUUUAAUAUUAUUUAUUUCUGUUAUUCCGAACAUCGUCGCCAGGCGCCGAAUCUGACGAUAAUCUGGGACCAAGCAUAUUUGAACAACAAUGGCGGCUUCAAUUGGUGCGCCAGUGACGUCAAUUCAUACGAAAACAUUGACCACAUCAACGUGCCCGUCGACGUGAUCAAGGAGGUGUCCGGAAACCCCCUGAUGCUGGUCUCGCUGCCAGGGCCGGAGCCAAAUCUGCACGCCGUUCUGGCGACUGACAAGCUCAAAUACGAGACGGAUGUUUUUUGUCGCUUUUCCGUCAACUACUUGGCUUAUUGUAAGGCAAAUCCAGGCGUGCAACGCUGGGAGUACUAA